ACUCACGUCCACUUUCUCUAUAUCAUUCAUCUUCAUUUCACCCCCCCUUUCAAAUUCCAAAACCCCCAAUCCCCAAAUCAAUUGAUAGGGUUUCAAAACCCUUAUUCUAAUUCCCAAUAAUCAGCAACAUGUACACUACCCAACAGAGGGUAACACGAUCUCCAUUAUCAAUCACCCCACGAUCCGAUGCACAACCUUUCGGAAACCCUAGCAUCACCAGACACGUGUCCGGCAAGGGUAAGGCGGUGGCGUUCGUUGACGCGCCGCCACCUCCGCCGCCGCUAGGGUUGUUGAAUGACAACGGAACGGUGGAUGAUGGUGAGGGUUUAGAUGAUUGGAGAAGGUUUCAAGAAGCAGGGUUGUUAGAUGAGUCUGUUAUGGAGAGGAAAGAUCAUGAAGCAUUGGCUGAGAAGGCUCAAAGACUUGAAAAAGAGUUAUUUGAUUAUCAGUAUAAUAUGGGACUCUUGCUGAUCGAAAAUAAGGAGCUAAUGGCAACCACCGAGGAACUCAAAGAAGCACUUGCAGAAACACAAGAAGUCGUUAAACGUGAGGAGGCUGCCCAUUUCAUGGCCUUGAACGAAACUGAAAAACGAUACGAUGAAUUGCGGAAAGCUUUAGAGUUUGAGAAGCGAUGUCAGGCUGACCUUGAGAAGGCGUUACGUGAAGUCAGUGAAGAGAAUAAACAAAUUAAACUUAAAUCUCAAACGAGUUUAGUUGAUGCAAACAAUUUAGUUGCGGGAAUCGAGGGUAAAGCUAGACUGGUGGAAGAAAAGAUGCAACAAGCCGAUGCAAAGCUUGCUGAGGUGGACCGAAAGAGUUUGGAUUUAGACAAAAGAUUGCAAGAGCUAGAGACCCAUGAGAGUCUGUUGCAGAGUGAACGCCAAACGUUUAUUACAGGGCGUGAAGCAUGGGAAAAUACGUAUUCAAAUCAGAAAGAGGAUUUACGGGUAUGGGAAAGGAAAUUGCAAGAAGGGGAAGAGCGGUUAUGUGAAGGUAGGAGAAUUAUGAAUUCACGGGAGGAAAAAGUCAUUAAAUCCGAGACGACCGUUAAAAUAAAAGAAAAGGAACUCGAGGAUGCACAUAAUAAGAUUGCGUCUAGCAUUUUGGAGUCAAAGAAGAAAGAAGACGAUAUAAACAUCAGAUUAUCGAAGUUAGUUGCAAAAGAGGAGCAAGCCGAGUUGAUUAGAAAGAACCUUGAGAUCAAGGAAAAGGAAUUGCUCGAUUUGAAAGAGAAAUUGACUGCAAAAGAAAAAGUGGAGAUCCAAAAGAUUUUAGAUGACCAUAAAAAUUCCCUCGAAUCUAAAAGGCGGGACUUCGAUAAAGAAUUGGAUGAAAAGCGGAAAUCAGUGGAGGCCGAAACGAGAUGCAAAAUAGAAACGUUGGAGCAGAAAACUGACGAGUUAAAUCACAAGGAAGAAAAACUAAGAAAGCAAGAGCAAUCGCUCGAAAAGAAGCUAGCAAGAUUAAAUGAUAAAGAGAACGAGAUCGACAAAACGUCGAAGUUAUUAAAAGCAAAGGAGAAAUCUAUAGAAGCAGAAGCAAAAAAGUUUGAAACCGACAAGAAACAGUUACUUGCGGAGAAAGAAAGUCUGGAAGCUCUGAAAGCUGGUACAGAAGAAAUUAAGGACGAGAUCACUCAACAGGAGUUAGGAGUUCAAGAAGAACUUGAAAAACUUCGAAUUACAGAAGACGAACGAAUAAACUUUUCCCGCUUGCAACUAGAGCUAAAAGACGAGAUAGAAAAAUGCAGGCUCCAGAAAACGUUGAUUAUGAAGGAACGUGAUGAUUUGAAGAACGAUAGAUUGAAAUUCGAGAACGAAUGGGAGUCAUUGGAUGAGAAAAAGUCGGUCGUAAGCAAAGAAAUAAUGGAAUUUAACGAACAAAAAGAGAACUUCGAAAAGAAAAUGAAAUCCGAUAACGAGAAAUUAGAAAAAGAGAGAGUUUUGACGAAAGUUUAUGUUGAAGAGCAAAUGGAAGUUGUUAAGUUGGAGAAAGAAACAUUUGAGGCUCGAAUGAAGCAUGAAGAAUCCCUUUUAGUUGAAAAAUACGAAAACGAGCAUCGACAGUUUCUUCACGAUUUUGAGAAACAAGAACGGGAUUUCGAGGCGAGUUUGCAGAAUAAGCGAGCGGAAAUGGAGAGAAAUAUGGAGGAAAAGAAGAAAGCGUUCGAGGAGCUACGGGAAAAAGAGUUGGAUAAUAUUAGUUACUUGAAGGAAGUCGUACGAAAAGAUUUCGAAGAACUGAAAUCCGAAAGAGAGAGAGUUAAAAAAGAGAGAAACGAGAUUGAAUUAAACAGUCGAAAGUUAGAAGAAAACCAACUUGAAAUGCAAAAUGACAUAAACGACCUCGGAGCGCUUAACGAGAAGAUAAAAGAUCAACGGGAAGAUUUCGUAAAGGAACGAAAUCGGUUUAUUGAAUUUGUUGAGAAACUAAAGGACUGUGAGAACUGUGGGGAGAUUGUUAGAAGUUAUGAGCUUUCCGAUAUACAAAUUCCCGAGGUUAGAGAUGAUUCUCGAACUACGAGGACUAUGAAUGAAAGUAGUGAAAAGUCCGAGGGUAAUGUUGCAAAUAAGUUGAAGUCUUGGGUACAGUCAACCGUGUUUAAAUUGUCCCCUCACAGAAGAACGAAGCAACAGCAUGAUGAAAUCCCCAAAACGCCCUUACCGGAAGCGGUGACCGAUCUAGAUGCAAAUGAUAACUCUAACGUGCCAGCUGGCGAUUCACAUGAUGAUGAUGAUCAGAGCUACAUGGGAAGUAAGAAUCUUGAAGUUCCGGAAGCUUCUGAGCAAUCGGAGAUGAGAAGUGGGAGGAAAAAGCCUGUGAGAAAACCGAAAGGUAGGGCCCGUAAAACCCCGACAGUUGAGCCCGUGGCUGAAGAAAGUUUUGAGAAGGUAGCGAGACCCGCUACGAGAAAACGGACCCAUGCUGAAACUUCUUUAGUGAGUGGAAGUGAGAUGGACGGUGAGAGUGAAGUUCGUUCUGAAAGUGUAACCACCGGUGGUGGUGGUGGGCGGAGGAAGAGGCGGCAAACGGUUGCGGUUGCUCCGCCACCCCCGACUCCCGGAGAAAGUCGAUAUAAUCUUAGGCGACACAAGGCUGAAGAUACCGCCCCUCAAGCUAAAGCUUCUACCAGUAGUAGAAAAAAGAAGGAAGUUUCUGAAUCGAAAAAACCUGAAACUUCGGCUGCUGUGGAUACAGAAGUUGCUAGCGAUGUCAGCAAGCCGUUGGUGCAUGUCACAGUCAGCAAAAGAACCGACACGCAGAUAUUAGAAACAGCUUUUAAAACACCCGAAGAUGUUGAAGACAGCAGUGGUGCCGUGAAAGUUGUUAAAAAUACAGAAAUAAUCGAGGAACUUAGUGUUGCGCAUGAGUGCGAGAAUUUGGAUAAUAAUGAAGAUGAUGCCAAUGCCGAUGAUGAUCAUGAUCAUGAUGAAAAUGAAGAUGAAUAUGACGACGAUGAUGGUUCAGAGCAACAUCCCGGUGAAGUGUCUAUUGGAAAGAAAAUAUGGAAAUUCUUGUCGACAUGAUCGAUUUUAUCUUGUUUUUAUUUUUUUUCACAAGUUUUGUGUAGUGUACUCUCUGUUAUGAUUUCAAUGCUUCCAUGUACUGAUGUACCCCACAUUUUAGACUAUAAAACAGGUUCAAAUGUUCAAUUCAUAUUAUUUAGAUGAUU